AUGGCUCGUAAAAGGAAGGUGGACAGAUUCACUAGUGUUACGGAGGGAGUUGCUCAUCACAUUCUUUCCUUUAUUACUAUCACCGACCUUGCUCGUUUCAGCUGUGUGUCCAAAAGAUGCAGAGAACUUUGUCUGUCAACUCCGUCAUUAGAUUUUGAUAAGUUUUCGCAUACCAAUACCGGAUCUUGCGAUAAACGAUUGAGGUUGCUGGAUUAUUUGCAUAGGUUCUUCGAUCUUCGUGAGGAUAAUAAGAUGGAAAAAUUUCAUAUCUGUUGGUCGAGUCUCUCUCACCAUAGUGAAACACCUUGCUUUUGUGAUCAUAAUGAGAAAGCUAGAAUGAUCUCGUGGAUCGAGAGCGCAUUAAGGUGUAAAGUUGAAGUUCUUCAUCUUGAAAUCGAUAUCGAUGAUGUGACGCCCUUUGUACUUCCAUCUUCCGUCUUUGUGUCUAGCUCAUUGAGGUCUCUUUCGGUGAGCAUGUGGUACUCAGCAAUCAUCAAAGUGCCCAUACCAUCUUUCUCUAGUUUGGAAUACCUGAAUAUGGAUUUACAUCAUGCGAAUAUAGAUGAGGGGUUUUUCAAAUGGAUCUCAUCGUCCUGCAAAUGCAUUAAGGAGCUACGCCUAUCACAUCACGGCGGGAAACAUAGAGAUAUCACCAUUGAAAGCUCGUCUUUGAAAUCAUUUACUAUUGAAGACGUUCACGAACUUCAUAAUCUUACAAUCUCUGGGAAGAACCUUGAAGAUAUACGUAUAUGGUGGAGUACUAGACGAUGCAGAUCAUUAAAUGUAAUUGCCCCCAAUCUUAAAUAUUUGGAGUGGAUUGGGCAUAUGUAUGAACUCAAGCCCCAGCUGGGGAGAUUAUUGUGUUUGGAAAAGGCGAGGAUUAAUCUGUUUUUUGAAGAAGACGACAUUGACACAGUAUAUGAGUUUCUUUGUAAUUUACGCAGGGUUAGGGCUCUUAUACUACACGCAGAGAUGAUCGAGAAUCUGUUCGAAGGAGGUCUCUUGCCAGCGCCCUUCGACGAUGUUUCACAUUUGCAACUUGAUCUUGGCAACUUUAGUAAUGAGUUAGUACCGAGAAUGGUCUUGCUUUUCAGGGGUAUGCGUAAUUUGAGUACUCUGUACAUCAAGACCGACCAAGUAGAAUAUUACCUGUUGAAGGCCGCUUGUUCAAAAUUCGGUAUGGCGUACUGGGAAUCCCGAAACCUUCUUUUCAUUUCUCAGCUUGAAGAGGUGACUGUAGAGAUCUGCAAGGACUCCCGCGGGUCUAACCUGAUCAACUUUAUAAGGUUUAUCCUCAAGGAUGCUGAGAAGCUGAAGAAAAUGGUCAUUGUUCAUUCACCCCAGUGUGCAAAGUCGUCUCUCGAUAAGUUGUCAAACAGCGCCAAGAGUUCGAAUGCCAACGUUUUCUUUGAAGUCCGAGAAUUCUGA